ACACUGGCCAGAACAGGGUACAUUUUUUAGCUUCUCUGCCUUAGGGAGAACCUGUCUUUAUUGAUUAAAAGCGAGAUGAUAUAUCCAGUCCUUGGGGUCGUGUUUCUAUCCCACCUAGACUAGGGGAGUUUUGAGCACCAUUUCUCUGGAGCCGGCCUCUCCUGCCUGCGUUGAGUAGCGAGGCUGCAGGGCCAGCUGUGGGAGCCUGCAGGAAGGGGUUUGAGUGCCUGGUACGUACGAGUUCUGGGACAGAGGCGUGCCCACUGGGGGCCGCUGCCUGGAACCACAGCCUUCCUGGUGAGACGAGAGGUUCUUUAGAGAGCCGAGAUCAUGCCCUCCUGGGCAGGCAGUUUCACCAACAUGUGCUUUGGGAGGAGGGGAUUCUGCCAGUCAUGGGCGUGGUGCUGACACCCGCAUGGUGGCCCCUCCAGUCCCUGAUAAGCUGACCCACCUCUAUGGUCAUGAGCUGGACAUGAGGACCUGUGGGAGUUCCACAGGCCUUUGCUGCAGAGAGGGUCCUCACUCGGCUGCAGACAGGACAGUGGCUACCUUGGCAUGUGGGGUCAUGUCAGUGGAUUGGCCGCCGGGUGUCUCCUGGAGAGCAGCCGCUGGCCUUUAGCUUAGAUGUUCAUGUGAAAACCAGCUCCGGAGUUUGCGGUGAAAACUCCCAGCCCUGUUGGAGACUCCUUAGUUCAGCUUGGCACAGAACCUUGGAAAACAGCAGUUCUGUUCCGGGUUCUUCCUUCAGAACUGAGUUCCAGUGCAGGGAAGGGAGCGGAGGGGUGGUGAGGUCAGCUGCAGCCUCCUGUGCCUCCCACUCGAGUUGAGGGCCAGCUCUCUCCUGGGCUUCUCCCUGUCGCCUUCCCUGGUGCUGUGCUGGCCUGGCAGAGGCUGGCCCUGGCUCAUUCCCUGGACUUUCUUGGGCCCCCGUGCUUUUGACCCCUGUUCACUGAAUGCCAUUAGGGUCCAGCCAUCGCUGGCUUCGCUCUCCUUUAGCACCUUGUAGAUGUCCACACAUGCUUCCACCCUCGCACCCGGCACGCAGCGCAGCACUACCCCAGCCAGCGGCUGUGCUUUGCUGCAGGUCCCUUGCUGUAGCAGGGAUGGGAGCCCCAACCCCUGCCCCGUCUGGCCACCGACUUCAGCAGAGGCUCGGCUGCUGUGAAGGAUACCAGUCAUGGGAAAACUGGCCUCCCUGCAGAUUCACAGAGCAAGGUGGUUCUCACAGAGAAGUCAGUGGCUUUUUUCUACCUUAACACUGUAGCAAACGCCACCUUAUCUUUCACCACCAAUUGAUAUUUCUUAACACCCAUGGAGCAAAGUGCUGGUGAUGUUUGAACUGUAGUCUGGGGCUCUCGCUCCCAUGGGACUCCUUGGGGAAUUUCCUAGCAGGAUCGUGUGUGCGCCCUUGCAGGGGGUUGUGUCUGCUGGGCACAUCCCAUUGUGUGGCAAGAAUGGCUGAGGUCACAGGCUCUGCCUGACGAGUGCCACUCACAACUGCUGUCCACGCAGGGCCACGCUUGGGAUUGGCCGCCUUCUUGUCAGUGCUACUUUGACUAAUUGCCUGAGGCACGGCCGGAGUGACUUGCUAUUUUUAGAAGCUAAUUCAGGCUUCAGAUGCCAUCUAGGUAAUGAGGAGAGAGUUCAGGAAAGCUGUAUCUAAGCUCCAGCAAAGGCAGACUCUUCCGUCCCAGCUGUCACUGCAUUUACACUCAGAGGAGCACAUGGUUGGGGGCAUGGCUCAGCUGUCAGGGCUCCACUGUUCCACACACCCACAGCUGCAGCCUGGCGGGACCAGAACUCAGACACGUUUGGGCACAAAUCAGCCUCUUGGGAGAGCUGCUUUGCCUGCAGAAUUCUUUUGCCAUUAAGCAGCUGUCAUUCUUUGAAUGAGUGACAGUAAUUCCCCACCUCAGGGUGGGCUGUGGGGGAGAUUCAGUUGGAAAAAUAACCCAUGAGGCUUUGUGCCUCUGGGGGUCCUGAUGCCCCACCCACAUUUUCCUUCCCAUGCCCGGGAUACUCUAAGACAAAGGGCAAAUCUGAAAGCCUUACUGCAUCUUAAGUCUUAGAUCACAAUGAGAGAGAGACCCAGUACAGGUGGAAGAGUGAAACCCUCAGAAUUCUGCACUGGCCCUUCAAGAAGGCAGUUACAGGUUCUUUGGACCCUUGACGGGUUUCUGUCCUCUGUCCUUCCUAAGCACAAAGACGGGAAUUCUUCCCAUUGCCUGUUUCUCUCCCCAUCUCGGCUUCUACACAAUGCAAAGUGGCCCUCUAACUAGAGCCUGUGUUCAGUUUUGAAUACAUCAACCAAUUAUUUUGGGAGGAAAAGAAUCUUCCAGAGAAACGAAGUAUAGGUUGGAAUGGUUUAAUCAAGCCUGUGUUUAUUCAACAAAGUGUGCUUUGAAAUUUCAUUCGAAGUACUCAAGUGAAAAUUUCCCGUGGGUGUUAAACUUUAGUGAACAGACUCUCAUGUGGCUCCUAGUCUCAAGCCCACACCCCCACUUCAUCCUUUUACUCUUGGCUGAGUCCCACGGAGGCCGGUUAGGGAAUCCUGCAAGAUCAGCCCUUGACCCAAAUGGACGGACGGACGGCUGGAUAGACGGACAGAUGGCUGGCUGGCUGGGGAAUACUGUGCUUGUGUCAUUCAGAGACAAGCAUUCCUUGAGCGCCUUCUGUGGGGGGCUCGGCUGGGUCCUGCUGAUGGUGCAGUGGUGUAAGCCCAGCCCACGGUUCCUGCCCUCAUGGAAUGUGCAGCCUAGUGAGGACUGCAAGUCACAUAACCACGAGGUAACUGCAGGGGGAGACACCGGGGUGAUUUCUAUGAAGAGAGGACAUGGGGUGCCCCGAGAGCCCCUGACAGAGGGAACUUUGUGGUCCUAGAAACCAGGUGACGUUUUCCUAAGGAAAUGGCAUUUCCCUCUGGGUCAGAGCUGAGGAAGGUGCCUGUGUGUGUCCUGUGGCCGCUGUGACCCUGACCACACACCUGGGGCUGGAAAAUAAUCGUCACUCUCCCACAGCUCUGGAGGGCGGGAGCCAUGGGCUGAGGCCAGAGUGUGUGCUCCAGGAGAGUCCCUCGUGGCCCAUUCAGGUGUCCAGAGCCCCGGGCCUUGCACGCCUUGUUCCCUGGCACCGCCUCCUCCCAUGUGGGUGUGCAGCAUCCUACUCCAGGGCCUCUGCACCCCUCAUCUGCCGAUGCAGGUGGUGGCACUUAGGGCCCACCUGGGUAGUCCUCAGGAUUCACCUUUAUCACCGCAUGAGGGAACAUUCCCAGGUUCCAGGCAUUAGGACCGGGAUUCCUUUGGGGGCUGCUCUCCCGCCCACCACUGUGCCUGAAUAUGAUGCACAUAGCGGCCAGCAUAUGCAGAGGCCCCAGGAGGACCUGGGGUGGCUGGAGCUAGAGCCGGACCUGGUGUCAGAAGUGGGCGGGGCCAGGGAUUCCAGAGAAAGGCUUAACGUGUACUUGAAGUGAGCAAAGGGUUUUGAAUGAACCAAGAACUGGAUCAGAUUUAUGCUUUUUAUAUAGAUGGGUCUCCAGUCUGUGUGAACAGAUUGGAGGGGGCCAGGGUGGGAGCUGAGGCCCAGGCAGAGGCUUUGCAGAGUGCCAGGAGAGGGCGCUGUAGCCCGGACUGAAGUGUGGGUGGGAAGGCGGCAGAUGCAUUUCUCUGCUGUUUUUCUCCCUGCUGAGCUUGGGUCCUCGUGGAGGGCGGAUGGCAGACAUUUCACUCUGGGACCUCAUGCCUAUGCAUCCGAAAGACCCCCAGGCGCCUGGGUGUAAGAACCAUCAUCUGCCUUGGAGUAGAGUUUCUAUAAAUGUAACAUUCACCGAUGGAUGGAAGACGGCCACAACUCUAAAAUCACAGGGAGCUUUUCAGAAGAAAAUAGAAUAGCACAGCUGUUCCCAUGGACAAAGCUGGCAGGUGACAGCCCCCUAACUUCUCAGCUCACACCUAACGGUGUCCGUGUCUGGUGAAAGCUGCUUCAGCAGGGACAGUCGAAGAGCAGCAUGGAGUGAGCUGGCUUGUGGGGUCGUCUUUUCAGUCUCCUCCUAUGGGGCCUGGGAGAAGGGAGCGGCAGAUGGCCAGGUCCCCACCACAGGUCAUCGAGGUCACCUCCAGGUGGCUGACGGGGGGGGGCAUGUUCACAUCCACUCCGAGGCACAUCCCGGCUGCUGCACACCCUUCACCCCUGUGCGAUGCUGGGACUGCAUGCUGAGGCGCGGUGUGGGGCCUUGCUGCACUCACUGGUAGGGGAGCUCUGGGAUGGUGGGUGCACCCUGGCCCUGGGCUGGAGUGACUGAUCUCUUCUCUGACCAGACCUGCGACCGCAUCAAGCAGUCCGCCAGCGGAACCAAGCGGCGCGUGUUCAUCAAGACCAUGGGCGGCUACUGUGGCUACCUGGCCAACAUGGGGGGGAUCGCGGCCGGAGCCGAUGCCGCAUACAUUUUCGAAGAGCCCUUCGACAUUGAGGAUCUGCAGUCCAAUGUGGAGCACCUGACGGAGAAAAUAAAGACCACCAUCCAUAGGGGCCUUGUGCUCAGGGGUGGGGCACCUUCUCCAUUUGAUAGAAACUUUGGAACCAAAAUCUCUGCCAGAGCUAUGGAGUGGAUCACUGCAAAACUCAAGGAGGCCCAGGGCAGAGGAAAAACAUUGACCACCGAUGAUCCCGUUUGUGUGCUGGGAAUCAGCAAAAGAAAUGUUAUUUUUCAACCUGUGGCAGAGCUGAAGAACCAAAUGGAUUUUGAGCACAGGAUUCCCAAAGAACGGUGGUGGCUCAAGCUGCGGCCCCUCAUGAAGAUCCUGGCCAAGUACAAGGCCAGCUACAACGUGUGAGACUCAGGCCGGCUAGAGCACGUGCAGCCCUGGAGCCUCUGAUCCAGUCCCACCUGCACGUGCCUGCAACCUGGACUCACCGUGGACCAUCUGUUUUUGUAAUACUUAAGUUAUUGAUCAGCACUUUAUGCAGGUAUUGACAUUAAAACCUAAUCAGUGAGCACCUGUCACCGCCCGUGUGCCCCACCAGCUCCAGUGCGUGCUGUCUGUGGACUGUCUCAUGCUUUCAGAUGUGCGUAUUAAACAUUUGCCUACAACUCCAAGUAGGGUGGCUACUAAGGGUUUUCUCAGCAGUUUUGUGGGCAAAGAUUAUCAAAAUAUUUUUAUAGGGAUCACUGAACUAUGCGCAAGUCAUAAAAGGAGAACAAAGCUAGUAGUUUACACAGGCCAAGGGGAAUGCCAUGUUUACUUACUGUUACAUAUUUGUCACGUGUCAGUUUCCAUCCAGAGCAGCAGGCCAGGACCCUGGGCCUGGACCCCAGGCUCCUGCUCUCCUUAGAAAGUAAAAGAGAACACAUGAAUCUUA